AUGGAGAACAACACAACCAUCUUUCAGGAUGUCACUAAGCUUGUAAAUCUGACACAAAUACCUUUGAACCCUCUUGAAGAGCAGGUCAUAACAAUAUUUUUGACCAUGCUCAUCUGUGGAGUUGGGAUUGCUGGGAAUAUCAUGGUGGUGCUGGUUGUGCUGCGCACUAAACACAUGGUGACCCCGACUAACUGCUACCUCGUUAGCCUGGCUGUCGCAGACCUCAUUGUGCUCCUGGCUGCGGGGCUGCCUAAUAUCUCUGAUGUUGUCGCCUUCUGGAUUUACGGCUACACAGGAUGCUUGUGUAUAACUUACCUUCAGUACCUGGGCAUCAAUGUGUCGUCCUGCUCCAUCACAGCGUUCACCAUCGAACGAUACAUCGCUAUUUGUCACUCCAUAAAGGCACAGUUCAUAUGUACCGUUUCCCGCGCCAAGAGGAUCAUAGCUGGAGUCUGGGUGUUCACCUCGCUCUACUGCAUCAUGUGGUUCUUUUUAGUGGACACAGAUGAAACCGUCUAUACCAAUGGAGUGGUGGUUACCUGUGGCUACCGUGUCUCCAGGAGCCUUUACAUGCCAAUCUACUUCCUGGACUUCACUUUGUUCUAUGUGAUCCCGCUCGUUGUGGCAACUGUGCUGUACGGGCUCAUCGCCAGGAUUUUGUUCAUGAGCCCUCUGCCCUCUCAUCUCAACGACAGAGACGGAGGAGGGUCGGUUCACCAGGGUCACUCCAACAGUACUAACAAGGCCAAUAAGGGUGCAGUCUCUGCAAGGAAACAGAUAACUAAGAUGCUGGCUGUGGUGGUCGUCCUUUUCGCCUUGCUGUGGAUGCCUUACCGAACACUGGUGGUGGUCAACUCCUUCAUCGACCCUCCUUACCACAACACAUGGUUCCUGCUCUUCUGCCGGAUGUGCAUCUACACCAACAGUGCCAUCAACCCUAUCAUCUACAACCUCAUGUCGCAGAAGUUUCGCGUCGCGUUCAAAAAGCUCUGCAAGUGCAACUACCAACACAAAGAGAAAGCGGCCGAGUACCGUGUGCCGAUGUAUUACAGCGUGAUGAAGGAUUCAUCUCAUGAGAGCAACGAGCUGGUUACAGACCAGGAGGAAGUGAGCAGCAAGGUCAACAGGAGGUUAAAUGUGAUGGAUGAUGAUACAAGCACAUUCAGCAUUUCUUAAAAAUGAGUCUCAUUUAGGAAAUUAUCUGUAAAAGUCCCUAAGAUUGUUGUUAUUUCUGCCAGUUAGAGUUAUUUAUUAAGGCUGAGAUCAUUGUUCUCUGUGACGGGGGUUUUGUUUGUGGUGUAGUAGUUGUCAUACUUUUGCAUCAGUAUUGUAACUGUGUUGUAAAUACUGGCUUUAGUGUACUUAAGACUGCUAGUGGGACAUUAUAGUGGCAUUGUAAUGUAUGUCAUCACUACAGAAAAAUGAGUGAGUUCUUUGAAAUGCUUUUGGAAAUAUUUAAAUAACCAUUUUUAGUGCUCAUAAACAAAAAAUUAAGUAAGAACGACUGUGAAAGAUGGACAUAUUA